AAAUUUCACAAGACACCUAAAAAUCAAUUUUGGAAGAAGCGUUUCUGCUUUCGUCAAGCUUUUCGAUAAUAAAAGGGACUUCCAUAUACAUUAAAAUGUUCAACUUUAUGAAAAAGGAUAAAGAGCAUAGGAAGGAAAAAGAAGAAAAGAAAAAAGAGAAAAAGGAGAAAAAAGAAAAAGAGAAAAAGGACAAACAUAGAGAACACACUACACCAGAGGAACUCAAUAGGUUAGAAGAAAUAAAAAGAGGAGUAUUUAAGAGAAAGAGUGACAAAAAGAAGGAUGGAUUGUCACCUGAUGAUGAUGAUGGCGGUUUCCUCCAGAGAGACAGUGACAGUAGCACAAGUUUAGGAAGUGCAGGCAGGCUAAGUCCAGGACGUGAAAACAGCGGUAGUGGAGAUAUGCUGCAAAGAACUGGACCACCAAUCCUCCCUAAACCAAAAAGUAUUUUGAAAUCCAAAGGCGACAGACAGAAUGUUUCACAAAACCUUGAUGAUAGUGCCACUUUGAAAUCCAAUACUUUAUAUAAUGUUGAAAUGUCUGGACAUCCAGUGGAUAAUGAGAAAGCCAAGGCAGCUGACAGGGGUUCUAAAGGACAAAUAAAAGACAGACCUCCAGAGUUUACUCCACCCCCACCACCUGAUGAACCUCCCCCAGAGAAAACAUUUCAAGCUGCUUUAAAACUUCCUGAUAUAAUUCCAAGCAAACCUCCAAGAGUGAGGGAAUUAGUAAUAAAUAGAAGUAAAAGUGGUGGGUUUGGAUUUACUUUAAGAAAAGGUUCAAUCACUCAAAAAGGUAGUGAAGGCAAGGAUGUUAAACAGACUGUAAUAUUUGCUGAACCUGGUGCCGGUCAAAGUAGUUCACAGACAGGACUUAUACCAGGGGACAGGUUAAUUGAAGUGAAUGGUGUAAAUGUAGAGCAUACUCCAAGAGAGGAGAUUAUAGAAAUGAUAAAGAAGACUGGAGACACAGUAGUUCUUAAAGUUCAGCCAAUUCCAGAGCUUGUAGAGCUUUCAGUAAGACCCACUGUGGAUGGUUCAUCGGUAGAAAUUCAAGAAGAUGUAGUUAAAGGGGGAACUUUGAAAAGAAGUGGAAGCUUAAGAUACAAGAAGAUGCCGGUAAGUGUAUUCAAAGAUCACAUGUAUUCUGUGUUAGCAGUGGCUUUUUACGUAGUUUUGAAUUUUAAAUUCAGCUAAAUUUAUGUACUUAAGUCACCUAA